AUGAAGGAAGAUGAGACAUUAUCUAGCUAUCUUACUAGGUUGAAUGAUUUGAUAAACCAGACAAAAACAUUUGGAGAGGUUUUAUCUAAUGAGAGGAUGGUUCAAAAGGUUUUAAUUAGCCUAACUAAAGCCUAUGAACCUAUAUGCUUAGUGAUAGAAAACACUAAGGAUCUGGAAACAGUAGAAUUCCAAGAAGUUGUUGCAAUUCUUAAGAGUCAAGAACAGAGACUUGCCUUGCAAGUUACUGAUUUCACAGAAAAAGCCUUUUCUACCUUAUCUGUGAACACUCAUGCCACAAAUUCUAAAAGACAAAACAAAGGAGUAAUACACUCUAAUGCAGCUAAAUUCCAGAAGACUUGGACUCCAAGAGAGAAGAAGUGGGAACCGAAGCAGAGAUUUCAAUUUGGACAUUGGAUAAGAGAGUGCCCAAAUGGGAAGAAUGUGCAGAAAGCAAAUUGCACAAAUCAAAUGGAGAUGACAUGUAACAUGUUUUAUGCAGCAAGUGAACUUGAUAAAACAAGUAAGGGCAGUGAAUGGUAUAUAGACAGUGGAUGCAGUAAUCACAUGACAGGAAAUAUAGAUCUCCAGGUGGAUGUGAAAAGGAAUGCAUAUGGUAGAGCUCAAAUGCCAAAUGGUACACUAGAGAGCAUAGCUGGAAAAGGGACAUUGGUGAUUGAUACUGACAAUGGCAAAAAGCACAUUAAAGAGGUAAUGUAUCUACCUGGAUUGAAAGAAAAUUUGUUGAGUGUUGGCCAAAUGGAUGAGCAUGGUUACUAUUUGAUGUUGGUGGAGGAAUGUGUCAUGUGUAUGAUGGACCUACGUUUGAAAACCUGGUUGUGA